AUGGUGCCUAAUGAAUCCCAUCAAUAUAUGGGAAUUAUCCAGUUGCUUCUCCACUUUGGAUGGACGUGGGUUGGGCUCUUAGCUGUGGAUGAUGAGAGUGGAGAACGUUUCCUAAAGACGAUGGAACCAUUGCUUUCCAAAUAUGAAAUCUGUUUGGCUGUCACAAAGAGAAUCCUAAAGCAAGCAAAUUGGAAUAGUGUGGAUGACCUUCAUGGUUUUUUCUCAAAUAUAAAUACACUUUUUGUAGAUACCAAAGCCAAUACAUUUAUCAUCUAUGGAGAUUCUUGGGCUAUUAUAACAUUCAACACUUUGGUGCAUCUAGGAAAUUCUGACCAUGAGGAAAAUGUAUUAUUGAGAAAGGUAUGGAUUAUGACAGGCCAGAUUGAUUUUGCAGCAUCAGGCCUUCAAAGAGGAGUCAAUUUUCAGUUUUUCCAAGGUGCCAUUUCCUUCACAGUCCAUUCCAAUGAGAUUCCGGAGUUCCAGAAAUUUCUACAGAAUGUGAGCCCUUAUCGAGCACAAGGCGAUGAUUUUCUCAAGGAAUUCUGGGAGCAAGCUUUCUUUUGUCCACUUGCAGAUCCCCAGCAACCAGUGAAUGUUGAGGAGGCAUGUACUGGGGAAGAGAGGUUGGAAGACCUCCCUGCCCUUGUUUUUGAAAUGCACAUGACUGGUGACAGCUACAGUAUCUAUAAUGCUGUCUAUGCUGUGGCACAUGCUUUGCAUGCCAUGUACAUAUCUAAAUCUAAGCACAGGUCAACGAUGGGGGCUAAAUCUGUUGAACUUCAAGAUCUCCAUCCUUGGCAGCUCCACCCAUUUCUUCAAGAUAUUUUGGUUAACAAUUCAGCUGGAGAAAUGCUAUCAUUCAAUGAUAACAAGGAAAUGGAAGGUGGAUUUGACCUCAUAAACCUGGUCACGUUCUCAAACUGUUCUUUCCUCAGACUGAGAGUUGGAAGGGUGGAUCCCAGUGCUUCCAAAGGAGAAGGCUUCAGCAUCAAUGAGGAGAUGAUCGUGUGGCAAACCCAUUUUGACCAGACGGUGCCCCUCUCUGUAUGCAAUAGCCCCUGCUACCCUGGUAAUUUGAAAAAGAAGAAAGAAGGGGAGAAAUUUUGCUGCUACGAUUGUGAGGAAUGUCCAGAAGGGAAGAUUUCAGACAAGAAAGAUAUGGAUGAUUGCUUCAAAUGCCCAGAAGAUCAAUAUCCAAAUAAGGACCAUGAUCAAUGUAUUCCCAAGAAAAUAAGCUUUCUGUCAUAUCAAGAUCCCUUAGGGAUCACUUUUGCUUCAGUUGCCCUUUCUUCAUCCUUGAUGACUGCUUUGGUGUUUGGAAUUUUCAUUAAACACAGGGAUACCCCCAUAGUCAAAGCAAACAACCGGGAUAUCACCUACACACUCCUGGUCUCCCUCCUACUCUGCUUCCUUUCAUCUUUACUAUUUGUCGGGCAGCCUAGCAAGGUUACUUGCUUCCUUCGACAAACUGCUUUCAGCAUCAUCUUCUCAGUGGCUGUUUCUUGUGUCUUGGCCAAAACCGUCACUGUGUGUGUAGCUUUCAUGGCCACCAAGCCAGGGUCCAGCAUGAGGAAGUGGGUGGGCAAAAGACUGGCCAACUCCAUUGUCCUUUCCUGUUCCCUUCUUCAAGGCGCCAUUUGUACAGUGUGUAUAGUCAAAUCUCCCCCAUUCCCAGCUAUAGAUAAAGACUCAGUGAUGGAAGAGAUUGUGCUAGAAUGCAAUGAAGGCUCUGUUAUGAUGUUUUACAUUGUCCUGGGCUACAUGGGACUUCUCUCCCUCAUCAGCUUGAUUGUGGCCUUCCUAGCCAGGAAACUGCCAGAUAGUUUCAACGAAGCCAAGUUCAUCACCUUCAGCAUGCUGAUCUUUUGUAGUGUUUGGUUGUCUUUUGUACCAACCUACCUGAGCACCAAAGGGAAAUACAUGGUCGCCGUGGAGACCUUCUCCAUGUUGGCCUCUAGUGUUGGGUUACUGGCUUGUAUCUUUUCACCCAAAUGCUUCAUUAUUCUUCUGCGGCCUGAGCUGAACAACAGAGAGCAACUAAUAUGGAAGAAAACAUCAAGAAUCUGA